AUGCCACGGAAAAAGUACUGGAGAAAAACAAGAUUCCAUAAGGUAAGGAAUGUAGAAGGUGUACAAGUUGUUGAUGGGACUGCUGUAAGCAUCCGAUACACAGGUCUAGAAGGGGUAUUUCAACACUGUAGUCGUCUGGCUAUUUCACUUAACACUGGUGAGUAUGAACAGUUUGAGAUUACUGGCGUUGAUGUAGUUACUCAUGAGGAUCAUGCUGAUUCUGGUGAUGUCAUGCAUGUACAGACUACAUGGACAUCUUUAUCAUUUAACCCACUGACAGAUGAAGACCAAAGUCUAAUGUGUACGAAGCUAGAAUUGCAGAAAUUACCAGAACUUGAUGGUCUUGGAUCAUGCUCCUUCCUUGGUGAACCAUGCAGGACAAAGAAGAUUAAAAUGGAUGGGAACUGUUUUUUUAGAGCAUUGUCUUUUGCAAUAUCUGGCACAGAGGAGAACCAUAGACGACUGCGACUAUUAACAGUAAAACAUCUUCGGGAAAACUCAAGGCUCUUCUCCCCAUACCUUCGAGAUGGACAUGUCACUGUAGAAAGCUAUUUACAGUCAUCGCAGAUGAAGUAUUUACAUACAUGGGCCACUGAAGUAGAAAUUCUCGCAGCGUCAGACAUGCUCCAGACUGACAUCUACACCUACAGUGAAUCAUGGUUGUUGUUUUCCAAGUCUCAAGCUCGGGAGCAGAUGAAUAAUUCAACCAGGGCUAUUUAUUUACAUCAUGUUUCAAGUUGUCACUAUGAUGUGGUUAUUUGUGUAAAAAAUCAGUCAUUAGAUCUUUGUGCUGGAAAUUGUUUACUGUGUAGUAACCAUAGUACUGGAGGAAUAAAAAGCAUAACACAUGUGAAAUGUGAGGAAGAUGACAACAUUGUCAAAGGUGAUGCAGUUGGUUCACGAAAAGACAACGGGAACAAAUGGUUCUUUGGAAAAGAGUUGAAGAAGAAGCUACAUCGUGAACAUAUCCAGCAGAAAAGGCUCAUAACAGUGCAUGACUGUACAGAUGUGAUAAAGAAGCCAUACGCGGGACUACAAGACACCAAGAAAGACCCAAACACAUAUGGUGCAAAUGUGUCAUACAGGAGACAUAUUUUGGCAGCUUAUAAAGAGAAAUAUGCCAAACCAGACUACAGGGAAUCGGCAAUCCGACAAGGCAAGCAGAGAUACAGUAGUGAUGAAUUGUACCAAAAUAGGAUUAAGGCGUACAGCAAGGCCAAAUAUUUGUCGGACACCAAACAUAAACAGAAGGUCAAAGCGUACAGCAAGGAGAGAUAUUUGUCAGACACCAAACAUAAACAGAAGGUCAAAGCGUACAGCAAGGAGAGGUAUUUGUCAGACACCAGGCAUAAGCAGAAGGUGAAAGCGUACAGCCAGGCAAAAUAUAUGAUGGACACCAGACACAAAGAGAUGGUGAAAACAUACAGCAAGGCAAAAUAUAUGAUGGACACCAGGCACAAAGAGAAGGUGAAAACGUACAGCAAGGCAAAAUAUAUGAUGGACACCAGGCACAAAGAGAAGGUGAAAACGUACAGCAAGGCAAAAUAUAUGAUGGACGCCAGACACAAACAGAAGGUGAAAGCGUACAGCAAGAGAAAGUAUAUGGAUGAUGAGUUUAGGAAAAACAAGCAAUCACAGCUGAAAAAAAAGUAUUCAGAAUCAAAGUCAUACAGGAAAGAUGUAAUAAAUAGACAGUUGGAACGCAGACGACAGAGAAUAGCAGACCUUUCUUGUAUUGAUAGAGUAACAUCUGUUUUUCAAAACUUAAUAAGUGACGCACCACACCACGUAUGUACAGUUUGUCAUCGACGCUUUUUCAGAGGACAGGUUGUUAUAUGUAAACAGGAAUCUUACUCACAAAUAGGUCAACUGGCUGGAAAACUUGCUGCCAAAUGUAUAUCAACAAGAUACGUCCACACAUGCUCUUCAGAUUGCAAUGUUCCCUGUAUUAUUUAUCUAUCUCCGUAUUCCAAACUCUGGAUUUGUUACACAUGCCAUAGGAAGAUCAGAUCAGGCAUUUUACCAGCUGAGGCAUCUGUUAACAGUCUACAGGUAGAAUGUGUGCCAUAUGAAUUGUCUUGUUUGAACCAACUAGAGCAACAUUUAAUAGCAAAACAUAUUCCUUUUGCUAAGGUGGCAGCCCUUCCUAGAGGUGGUCAGAGAAGUGUCCAUGGUCCAGUUGUUUGUGUGCCAUCCAACAUUGACACAACAAUUUCUUCUCUCCCAAGACCAGAGUCUGAUGAUCAGCUGAUAAGGGUAAAACUCAAGCGGAAAUUAUCAUAUAAAGGGCAUUAUAGGUAUCAGUUUGUAAACACUGCACGAAUUGAAAAGGCACUUGAAUAUUUGAAAGAAAAUAACCCACACUAUCAAGAUGUUAAUUUCAACAACAAUUGGGUUAACAACUUGUCAUCAGCAGGAAACGACAAAGAGAGUGAUAAUGAUAGUCUACCAGAUUUAUGCAACAGUGAACAACCUAGCAGUAAUGAGGGCGGAAAGACUGAUACGGGAAAUGAUGUUGAAUACCUCGACUCAAGCCAUACAGGAGAUCAGGGGCUGAUGAUAGACAGUUGUCUGCAACCAGUUGACAUAGGACAAGAAAUACUUGAUCAGUUCGCAGAUAAUGUACUUUGUUUAGCACCGAGUGAAGGCAAUGAUCCAAUUAGACUUCUGAUGAAUGAAGAAAAUGAAGCAAAGGCAUUCCCUGUCUUGUUCCCUAAAGGAUCACCGACAUACCACGACAACAGAGAAAAGAAAAUAACUAUUUCACGCUAUCUAAACACCAGGCUGAUGCAUGCAGACUCCAGAUUUGCCAAAAGUACUGAGUACAUCUUUUAUGCUCAGUAUCUCUCAGAAAUUCAGCAGGUACUUUCAACUGUCUCUAUUGCACUGAGGAAAAGUCGUCAACCAGAGACUGAACAAAACAUUACGAUAAAUAAACUCACCGAUUAUGACUCCUUGAGAGAAAUCCUAAAGACUGACUCUGGAUUCAAGUUCUUAAAGCCAAUCCGAGGAACUCCAGCAUACUGGCAAUCUGCACAGAAGGAUUUAUUUGCUAUGCUGAGACAACUUGGCAUUCCGACAUGGUUUUGUUCAUUUUCUGCUGCAGAUAUGAGAUGGUCUGAGUUUAUUCAAGCACUGCUGGUGGAAGAAGGCAGUGAUAUUGACAUUACUGAUAUGGACUGGUCAGCUAAAUGUGAAUUGAUCAGAGAGAACCCUGUUAUGGCAGCACGGAUGUUUGAACAUCGAUUUCAGUGCUUUUUGAAGGAAUUUCUGCUGUCCCCUGCAAACCCUGUUGGGAAGAUAAUAGACUACUUCUACAGGGUAGAGUUUCAACACCGUGGAUCACCACAUACUCAUUGCUUAUUUUGGGUUGAAAACGCUCCCAAACUUGACCAUAACUCAGAUGAAGAGGUGACCGCCUUCAUUGACAAGUAUGUGACGUGUGAAAUGCCACCAUCAGAUGAUGAAGUGCUGCAAGAGAUCGUGUCCUCUGUACAGAAGCAUAGUAGCCUUCAUUCAAAGAGCUGUCGGAAAAAAGGUACGAACUGCAGGUUUAACUUUCCCAGACCACCAAGUAUGUGCACAUUCAUCUCUAGGCCAAACUCUUCAGAUGUUCACAACAAUGAUUGUAAUGAAGCAUCGAUAGAAAGGGAGAUGAAUUGUGAAGAAGCUAAGGAAAUCCUUGAAGCAUUGUGGAAGGCUCUCUCAAAUCAAGAACAUGCUUUUGGAAACACAGAGGAUUUGUUCACUACUGUUGGAAUUAACCAAGAUCAGUUCCAGGAAGCAUACACAAUGCUGUCAAAGCGGGCUAGUGUUGUGCUCAGACGGGGCGUGGAUGAUGUAUGGUUGAAUCAGUACAGUCCUGACCUUCUGCGCGCAUGGAAUGGGAAUAUGGAUAUUCAGUUUGUGCUCGAUGCUUACUCUUGCAUUGUAUACAUUAUAUCAUAUAUUUCUAAGUCAGAAAGAGAAAUGGGUCUUCUUCUGGAACAGGCAAGAAAGGAAACUUUGAAUGGCAAUGAAGACACUAAACAGGCAUUGAAGAAACUUGGAGCAGUGUAUCUUCAGAGUAGGGAAGUAAGUGCUCAAGAGGCUGUGUUUCGAGUCUGUAACCUGCACUUAAAGGAAUGUUCAAGAUUUGUUCAGUUUAUUCCUGUUGGUGACGCCAUAAAGAUGAGUCUGCCCCUGAAUGUGAUCCAAAACAAGCUCAGUGGUGGUGAUUUAAAUGUAGAUGAUAUGUGGAUGACAAGCAUAAUUGACCGUUACAAGAACAGACCAGAUGGUGAUGAAUUUGAAGUUAUGUGCUUGGCAACAUUUUGUUCCGAAUUCCGAGUUCUGCCCAAGUCAGAGAAAAUUUCUAGGAAAGCUCAAAAUGAGGGAUUGGUACAUAAACUGAGGAGUAACAUGGGAUACAUUCGUAGAAGAACACAAACCAAACCAGCUGUGGUAAGAUAUCCAAGGUUUUCACCAGAGAAUCAAUCAGAGAAAUAUUUCCAGAGCAUUUUACAAUUGUUUUUACCAUACAGAACAGACUCACAGCUGAAACCUGAUGGCUUUAAUUCAUUUGAAUACUUUUUUGAGACCGGUGCGGUAAGUUUGCUGUGUAACACUAGAGUUGAGCUUGUCAAGGACAUAGUUAACCGAAACAAGGCAUCAUUUGAAACAGAUGCUGAUCAAAUCGCCAGAGCAGAGGAAAUCCUUGAAAUGGGUGGUCACUUAGAAGAUGCAUGGGCACAGAUGUAUCCUGAAACUGAAGCAGAAAGGAUUUCUUGUUUUGAAGAAAUUGAAGAGCUUGACGAGGUCCCUUGUGAGGCAAAAGACAUACCAGAUUUAGUACAGAAUCAGAAGUCCGAUUACACUGUUGAGCCUCAACGGGGAGAUCUAUUCGGGAAUGAAGCAAAAGAUCUUCUGCGAUCACUGAAUGAACAACAACUGGAGGUCUUCUACAAAGUUCGAAAGUGGUGUUUAGAAAAACUCAAUGAUCUGGACACAGAACCUUUCUAUCUUUUCAUCACGGGGGGUGCAGGAACUGGCAAAACCCAUUUGAUUAGAUCUUUGCAUUUUGAAGCCAACAGGCUUUUAGCACGGUGUUUGUCAAAGCCAGAUGACACAUCGAUUUUAAUAACAGCUCCGACAGGUGUUGCAGCUUUUAACAUUGGUGCUUCAACCAUUCACAGUACGUUUGGUAUUCCUGUAGAUGUAAAAUUACCCUAUCAGCCAUUGGGAGAAGAAAAACUAAGCACGUUACGUUCAAAGUAUAGCAGCCUUCAAAUUUUAAUUAUAGAUGAAAUCUCUAUGGUAGAUCAUAAGUUACUUGCUUACAUCCAUGGAAGGUUACGGCAGAUCAAGCAGUGUAAAGAUUACUCUCCAUUUGGAAAAGUGUCUGUGAUUGCUGUUGGAGAUUUCUAUCAAUUGCCACCAGUGAAAGGGAAACCUUUAUACAAAGAUGACAUUGGAUUUAAUCUCUGGUCUGAGUUCAAAAUAGUGGAACUAACUAAAGUGAUGAGACAAAAAGAUCAAAGCUUUGCAAAUAUGUUAAACCGUCUUCGUAUCCGUAAAAAGACUGAGAGAAUCACAGCUUCGGAUAUUUGUAUGUUGACUGAGCGCGAGACCGGAGAAGAAGAAGGUGAUAUUCAUAUAUUUGCAACAAAUCAACAAGUUACAGAAUUCAAUCUCUCUAAAUUGUCUCAAAGUGAAGAGGAAAUUAUUUCUUUUGAUGCUGAAGACUUUGAGAAGGAUCAAAGGACUGGAAAACUUCAGAAAAGAGACAAUCAGUUCAUAAGUACGAUGUAUUCUAAUUUGCCCAGAAAACUGUCUUUAACAGUAGGAGCUCGAGUGUUACUUAUGAAAAAACAUUGAUGUUUCCGAUGGUCUUGUGAAUGGAGUCUUUGGCACAGUCUCACAUAUUCCAUGUCCAGCAAGAGGUGAAGAUGUACCAAAUGUGAUUUAUGUUGUAUU